CACGCGCGCAGAGUGAGCAGAGCCGCGCCCGCCCGCGCCCUUCGUGGGAAUCACGGUGCCCGGGCCCCAGCGCAGCCACGGGGCUGGGAGCAGGUACCCCCUGUGGCUGGGGUUGCACUGUCACCUGGUGGCGGAGCUACGCGCGUCAGUUAGGCACCUGGCGCGCGGACUCAAGCCAAGAUAGAGAAGCUACUUUGUCAUCUUCUGUGUGGAAUCUGCUGACAUGACCGAUCACGGGCCCAAGGAGCCUUCCUCCAAGACAGGGAGUUCAGAUGGGGACGGCCAGGAGGACAGACGGUCGCUCCAUCAGAGGCUGGCCAUCAGAGAGCUCGUGGACACUGAGCUGUCUUACUUGCACAUGCUGCAGCUCUGUGCCUCAGACAUCAGGAGCCGCCUGCACAAGCUGCCACAGGGAGAUCUGGAUGUCCUGUUCUCAAACAUUGAUGAUGUCAUCAAGGUAAACAGCAGAUUUCUCCGAGAUCUGCAGGAGACUGACACCCAGGGAGAAGAGCAAGCGCUUCUCAUUGGUAACUUAUUCCUGGAAUUCCAAGAAGAGUUGGAACGAGUCUAUAAGGUGUACUGUGCCACCUACAGCCAGGCCUUGCUGCUAGUGGAGACCUACCGGAAGGAGCCAGAGCUGCAGCAGGAGAUCCAGGCUGUCAUUGAGGCUGUGGUGCCACAAGCGGGACCCUCAGGCCUCAGUUUCUUACUGGUAAUCCCGCUGCAGAGGAUUACCAAGUACCCAUUACUGCUGCAGAAAAUCCUGAAGAACACACUCCCCGAUGCCAGUGCCCACCCUGUCCUUCAGAGGGCUACCUCUGCCCUCCAGGACGUGAACGCCAACAUCAAUGAAUACAAGAUGCGCAAGGAAGUGGCCUCCAAGUACAACAAGGUGGAGCAGUUGACCCUGCGGGAGCGGCUAGCCCGAAUCAACACACAUACCCUCUCCAAGAAGACAACCCGGCUAAGCCAGCUGCUGAAGCAGGAGGCCGGGCUCGUGACCAGGACUGAAGACAAGGAAUUUGAUGACUUGGAAGAGAAGUUCCACUGGGUGUCACUAUGUGUGACAGAGCUGAAGAGCAACGUGGCUGUGUACCUGGAUAACCUGCAGCAGGCCUUCCUCCACUUCCGGCCGCAGGACUAUGACCUGGACAUCCUCGGGGGCCCUGCGGUGCCGUACUGCAGCCUGGCCGGGGACCUUCAGCAGCAGGCCUUCCCGGAGUUUAAGCAACGUCUGGAAAGCCUGGUGUGGCAGCCACUGUGCAACUUGGCCAAAACUCUGGCUGGCCCCCAGAACCUGAUCAAGAAGCGUCUGGACAAACUGCUGGACUAUGAGCGGGUGGAAGAGAAGCUGUUGGAAGCAGGCAGCGUGACCUACGAGGAGGAGCAGGCCCGGCACACAUACCAGGCAUUGAACUCCCUGCUGGUGGCCGAGCUCCCGCAGUUUAACCAGCUGGUCAUGCAGUGGCUGGGCCAAAUCCUGCGCACGUUCGUGGCCCUGCAGAGGGACCUCGCAAAGCAAGCCCUGCAGAGGGCAGAGGGCAGCAUGGCUCAGCUGCCCCACCACCAAGUCCCUGAGCCAGCCUUUAGGAAACUGCUGGAGGAAACACUAGGCCAGACCAGUAACCAGCUUCGUUCCUUUCAAGAGAACUUCGAGAAAGUGCUGCCGCCUCCCACCCUACAACCUCUCCUGCCUGGAGCUGAGCGCCAGGUUCAGGCUCUCCUGAGCAGGUAUGGCCCCGAGAAGCUGUACCAGGUGACAAGCAACAUCAGCAGCACUGGGACCAUGGACCUGUCACUGCUGCGGGGACAAAUCGUGGCCCUUCUUCAAAACAAGGACACCAAAGGCAACAGCAGCCGCUGGCUGGUGGACACAGGGAGACAUCGAGGGUACGUGCCUGCUAGGAAGCUGGAACCGUACCAUGUUGUCACCUGGGAAGAGCAGCCCAGCGGGCGGGUGGGGUCUCAUGACAACUCCCCCCAAUGUUUGAUGCCAGAGCCUGCUCCCGCCCCCGUCUCCUCUGUCCCAGCCGUGACCCAGGUGGUGGCGGCUUAUCCCUUUUUGGCCAGAAGCAGCCACGAAGUGAGUCUACGGGCAGGCCAGCCGGUGCUGGUCCUGGAGGCCCAGGACAAGAAGGGGAACCCCGAAUGGAGCCUUGUGGAAGUGAACGGACAGAGGGGAUACGUGCCUUCCGGCUUCUUGGCCAGGGCCCCGAGUCAGGCUCCCUGGGGCUGGAGCCUGCCUUCUUAGGGUGUCUCCCUGGGAGCCUGUGUUGCCAAGGAGUGGGAGGGCUGAGAGACUGUGACCUGGCAGGGCUGCAAGGGGAGAUCAGGUCAGGUUGGGUGAAGAGCCGCCAGAAGGCAGCCAGGGAGGUGGGUGGGCCCUGCGGCAGGCCUGGCGUGGGUGGUCACGAGAGGCUUCUGGAGACCGCUCUGUGUCUGCAGAGGGAGGGUCUUCUAGCCUGGGGGCGUGGCAGCCUGCAGCAGGUGUAGCUACUGGCCAGGACUCGCUGCAGCCCCCACCCGGGGCUUCCCUGGGAGUGCGUCACCCCAGUGAUUGUUCCCUGUGUGUUGUAUGGUUGCGGGGGCAGGAUACUGGAGACGUCUGUCUUCAACUGCCUCUGUGGGGCAAUUCACUUCCUACCUAUGGUACCGAGAGACACCGUGGUUGACCAGUCAUUUUUUAUUUCUCCCUCCCUGCUGGGAGCUGGGUUAUCUCAGGCAGUGAGCCUCUGGGAAUGCACUCCAGUGGGGGAGUGAGGGCUUGUCUGGGCAGUGGUGAGGUUCCCAGGAGACUCUUAGCUGGGUCUGGGAGUGGGUGUGAGGCUGUCACAGUUCUAGAAUGUGUGUGGGCAUAUCCAGAGGCUGUUUCAGGAAAGGGGAUUUUGAGGGUGUUAGCUGGAGUGUGUGGAGCUGUUGACAGUGAUUGUAUACCGUUGCUGGGUUUGCCCCACUAGGGGACAAAAGACACACAAAUCACAGAGGAGCCACUGAAGCGGGUCAUUAAAAUCCUGGUGGGUGGAGGAGCUUAAGUAAUGGCUGGGCUUCUUGUUUCUGGAUGGAGAGCCAGGAGAACCCUCCCUGUACCUCCUCCCCCAACCCCAGGUUUCGGGAGGCCACCUAGGGCCUUUAGGCCACAGUAGACAUGACAUCAAUAGGCUGUGGGACAUCAGAUGAGACCCUAACCUUGGAUUCCCGUCCAUAAAGCCCCAAUCACAGGGAUGCGGCAAGAAUGACAUGACGCCGAUGAUGCGGAGGCUGCCACAUCGCGAAGUUCAGUCAAGCUACAAAUUGCCCCUGGUGACAGGAUGUGCUGGGCAUGGUCUCAACCCCAAGUCACCUGCUGGUCCCGGCAAGCAAAUGGCAGCAGCAUGCCACCACGGCCCACCCAGCCCCCAGCACGCUAUAAUCAAUGUGGUGGCCCUUUCCAUGCACCCAGCCUCUGCCUCAGGAGACUUCUGAUUCCACAUUCAGGUAGCCCAUCUCUUGAGUUCAGUGAGAUCAAACCUUGUCAUCUUUUUCUAGAAGCAGGAAAUGAAAUCUCUCAAAAAGUUCAUGUUCAAAGAAGAACAACUGAUGGAGACAGAUCUGGGUACAACAUGGUUGGCCCGUCACCUUUGGGUUUCCACUUUGGGCUGAGGGGUAAAUUGUAAGGCCUUUCAUGCAAAUUAAAAUCCAGUGUAACCUUUAGUGGCAAUUACCAAUCUUGGAACCAGUCCAAGCUAGAGUGUAUAUGAAAACAGGUGGCAGUUUAGAUUUAUUUUUAAGAACAUCUCCACUAUUAUAACUGGCACUCUGACUUUUAAGAAAUGCAAGUGUGCGUCAAGACAGCCUGUAAAUUUACCUCCUGAGAGCAGUGUGGACACUGCCCAGUGCCAGAGGAACUCUGCCCACCUCUCCUUCCCAGCCCAAAUUCACUUCAUAAGAUGCUCUCGACUAAUUUCCCUUUCUUUUCCCUGCUCAGAUUUUCGGAUACAAACUGGAAGCCCAAGGCAGCAGAAAAUAAACAUGCUGAGGGCAUGCUGUAUGCUGAAGCUUUGCCUCUGGGCUUUUCCCCUGGGCAGCUUGCAGCUGAGGCCAGGAUCCCACUGAGAGGUUCUGAUGCAUUUGGUCAGGCUGUGGCCUGGGCCUCAGAACUUGGAAGGCUUCCCAGGUACCCUGACAGUAGGCAGGGUUGUUACCUCUGCCCUAGACUUGCAGUGCUGGACAAGAUGGCCCCGGGGUCAGAAGUAGCCAUGUGCUGUAAGCGAAGCUGUGCCUCCUCGGAGCUGCAUUCAAGGUGGUCUGAAAUAGGACAGCCUGUUCUGUCAGCUCCCAGAAUGUAUAUUUAUUAAGUGCCAUUAAAAGGGACCUAAGCAAAAUGGAAUGUUCUGGUUGGCAUAAGGGAGAGAACUGGAAUACACUGGAACUGAUACACUCGGUUCUCAUAUACUUGGAACCAAAUCUAUCUCGAAAGGGAAAAUGAGAACGUGUUCAGUAACACAAGGUUUCUGGUUUCUUGUGAACCGGAGAGUGAGAUAAACAUCAAUGAAGUUUGAGAAAAUGUAUAUGAAGAUGGAGAAUGGCCUGGAUUUUCUCCAGGGGACUCUGUAAUGUGCCUUUUCCUCCCAGCCCCCAAAUCCUAGAACCAACGCACUGUGUCUUAUUUCU